AUGUUCUCACUCCUCUUUUUUGUAGUAUUGAUGAUUCUACAAUCAUUGGUUGUUGAGAGUGCAUUCAUUUACAAUGUCCUAAGUUUUGGAGCUAAGCCUAAUGGUGCAACGGAUUCCACCCAAGCUUUUGUUGAUGCAUGGUCUGCAGCUUGUGCCUCCAACGAUUCCACUACCAUAAGUGUACCAAAAGGGAGGUAUUUGCUUCCCUCUGCUAUCAAGUUUAGAGGUGACAAAUGCAAAACCCUAGAUAUUACUUUCCAGAUCGACGGAACGUUGAUUGCUUCAUCUGAUUACCGUAUUCUAGGCCAAGCUAACAACUGGCUCAGCUUCGAACGAGUUACCGGUGUUUCCAUCGUUGGAGGCACACUUGAUGCCAAAGGUACUGCCUUGUGGGCUUGCAAGUUAGCUGCAAGCACUGGUUGUCCCAACGGAGCCACGAGUCUGAGAUUUACAAACUCCAAAAACAUUAGCAUCAAUGGACUAACGUCAUUGAACGGCCAAAUGUUCCACAUUGUGGUAAACGGUUGCCAAGAUGUUUACAUUCGAGGAGUCAAAGUCAAUGCGGCUGGCAAUAGCCCAAACACUGAUGGCAUCCAUGUCCAAUUGUCAAGAAAUGUUGCAAUUUUCAACACAUCCAUCAAAACUGGUGAUGAUUGCGUCUCUAUUGGCCCUGGCAUGAAGGACUUGUGGGUCGAACAAAUAUCAUGUGGACCUGGCCAUGGCAUUAGCAUAGGGAGUUUGGCCAAAGACUUGGAAGAGGAAGGAGUUCAAAAUGUGACGGUUAGAAACGCAAUUUUCAAGGGUACUCAAAAUGGGCUGAGGAUUAAGUCUUGGCCUAGACCUAGCAGCGGCUUUGUCCAAGGUGUUCAAUUUAUUGAUGCUGUAAUGCUUAAUGUCCAAAAUCCCAUUGUAAUUGAUCAAAAAUACUGCCCACGCAAUAUCAACUGCCCUGCUCAGGCAUCAGGUGUGAAAAUCAGUGACGUAUUGUACCGAAACAUUCAAGGAACAUCAGGAAGAGCAGUAGCAAUAAAAUUCGAUUGCAGCGCAACAAAUCCAUGCAGUGGGAUACGACUCGAAAACGUGAGUUUGACCUACCGGAAUCAAGUGGUUCAAUCACAUUGUACCAAUGUAAAUGGAAAUACUUCUGGCAUUGUUCAACCAAAUAGUUGUCUGUAA